AUGGACGAAGACCUCGUGGCGCUGCGCGACCGCAUCACGUGGUUGAAAGCCAAAUUGCAGCUCAACGACGCCGGGCCUGCCGCGAGCGGAGCUCUCGAGCAAGAGCUCCAGGCCAAGCGCCAAGCGACGCGGCACAUUGAGUCGCUUCGCGCCGACUUUCAAAAGGACGCGAUCGAGUACCACCAGGACGCGCUCAAGUUUCAGUGCGGCGUCGACGGUCUCGGUAUCAGUCUCGGCGCGUCGCUCCUCGAGCACGACAGCUUGAACGUCUACCUCGUGCGACUCCACGAAGAGCGUCUUUUUAGCUCGUGGUUUCGUUUCAACGUCGCGGCCAACGACGUCGUCGCAGGUCGCCUCGCGUCCUUCCAGACGCCGCUGGACAAAUACCCUGGCAUCGUCCUCUUUGGGGGUGGCGCCAUGGUGCGCCACUGCCGAUUUCAGAUGUCAACGCCGCCCAACGUCGAGCUCGUGCCUGACGAAGGCAUCUGCCUCAUCAACGGCGCCGACGUCUCGGAGCGCACGACGCUACAGCACGGCGAUGCGCUCACGCUCGGUCGCCGCAACGUCUUUCGCGUCUUUAUUCCGCGCGUCCACGCACUCGAGCCGCUGGACUUGCGCAACUUUUACCAGCGCGAGAGCGUCGUGCGGGCGUAUGCAACGACGCAGGACGUAGGGCCUGGCUGCGCCGAGCGCCACUGCCACGACGCGCUAACUCGGAUCGUCGAUCGCAUCGUGACCAUUCGAGCCAUGCACCGCGACGGCAUGAGUUCCGGCCACAUUCCUGACGCGGAGGCCAUGGACAUCCACGACAUCUACCUUCAAAAAGGUGCCGCGCUACACGCGAGUGUCAUGACCACCGAGAUGCGCCUGGCGACGAUUCGUCGGCUCUCGCUCAGCGCGAUUGACGAGAUGAACAUUUUGGAAACUCGCAUUGCAAUGGGGUAUGCGAUGUCGCUCCUCGACUACGUGGACGAAGCCAACGUCAUGAGCAAGGAAGUGAACGAGUCCCUUCUCGUCCGCGCCGUGCCCAUCAUCCAGCACAUGGUCAAUAACGACGACGACGCGCCCAUCGAUCGGGCUGAACUCCAAACCGACCUCUGGAUCGUCUUCCAGCACCGCGCGCGUCCCCGGCAACGCAUGAUCAUGCGGCCGCAAGACUUCUUCCUCCGACUCGCGCUCCUUCGGUCGUACCACGCACAGCUCGUCUCGCAAGAGGCGUCCAAAGCCCAGAAUCCGUUUGUCGUUGACGACGGCGUCGAAGAGCUCAUUGGUGUCGCGCCCGUGUACUUGGGUCGCCUUGCCUACUACCUCGACGUGGACGAAGCCGUCCCGAUCGUCAACCGGACCGGCAGCAUCACGGGCCACCUCGUUGUGAGCGUCCAGCCAUACAUUGAAGAAAAGUUCUAUGACGCUGUGGCGCGGCGCGAGGUCGUGCGCUAUACGCACUUUGCCGACAUGGACAUUGACAAGGACCAUGAGCUCGCGACGGCGGUCGGGAUGCAGACGCACGUCGAGUUUCAUGUGACCUAUGCCUUCUUCGACGACGAACGACCUCGAGCGACCGAGCCAAGCCCGACCAAGUCGAGCCACCCGGUGAUCCAAGAGACGUUUGUACACCGUGUGCUUGUGACAGACAAGCUUGUGCACUACCUUCUCCAUGGCGCCGUGACCUUCCAGGUGUACGGCUACCGCGGCGACCACAUCCACCUCCGCGACGCACCAGAUAAGGCCUACUGGUUUGACUUGGAGACCAAGUCGCUCAGUGCCACGAUCCACGCCCUCGAACGCAAGGUGGAUGGGCUCCAAACCCAGCUGCGACUCGCGCAAACAAAGUCCGACGUCCCAUCCCCCGCCGACGUCUCCUCUAUACUGCACGAAGAGAAGACGAUGGAAGAUACCGUCACGGCAAACAGCAAUAUGGCACCGCUGACGCCUGCGUCGUGGCGGGGUACGAUCAUCAAGCAGACGAGCAUCGUCGGCCGCACGCUCCGCGCAAAGUCCAUCGGCAGCGUGCUCUCGGCGCAACGAUCCGGUGUCUGUGCCGUGCAGUAGCCAACUCAGGCUCGUGGAAGAGCUGUCGAUGCGUCAUAGUACAGUAUACUACUCCAUCGCUCCAACAGCAACCAAAAAGAAUCUCUCUGUCAACCAA